AAACGCUUCACUCGGAUACGCACGCACACAGACAACCGUGCUUAUGCAAACGCGCCUGCUUUGUUGGUAAACAAAUCGUUCGCUCUUGGUGCGCUGUACGGUUCAGUGUUCCGUGUUGGUGGUGGCACGCGCUGAAAAGGAAUACAUUUUGGCCCAAGAAAAACAAAAGCCAUGGGUACAUUGUCGAAGUCUGCAACCGACGGGGACGGUCCGCCUGCAACUGCAACGCCACCCGUUCCGGUGAAUGAGUCCGAUAUUUUCGACCACAUCAGCAACAACCCGCAGGUGUUUUACAAAAGCCAACAAAUUAACGAUCCCGAACUUACGGCGAGCGAAAAGAAAACGAUCCUUCGGGACGUGCUGAACAAAAGCCACUGCACGUUCCUGUCCCGGUUUGGGUGCUUCAUGCGGGAUGAGCAUCUGCAGUACUUCGAGCAGGACGAGCAAACGCUGGCGUACAGUCCGGAUGAACGGUACGAGAUCGAUCACCAUUUGGAGCGUAUACGCAAACUACGCAACGGAGGCCGGGCGAUCGAGGUGCGCAAUCGACGGUAUGCCGCGCUGCAGCGAAUGUGUGACGAUGGGACGUACUUCAGCGAGACGGAAAUGAUGCAGCGGGACCCACUGCUGUACGACCAGCUGGUGGGACAGUACAUGACCGAGCAGGAAAAGCACGCACGGGAUGCGAGUGUGCCCGUGCCGCGAAGUGUCGUCGGCAUUCUGCUGAAACAAAUCGAUAAAGAUCGGGCGGAGAAAGAUUUGCAGGCACGGCAGCAGGAAGAGGCGGCCCGUCAGCCGGCGGACGGUGAACCAUCGCGUCCCAAUUCGCCCGGUUUCCCUCGUGCGCAGUGGGGCAAUUUCGAUGAGGAGGAGGAAGCGCGCGUUGCGGCCCUGAAGCGCACGAGCAAGCAGAAGCGCAACCGUCAUGCGAUACCGGCGGCACAGAUGAUGACGGCCGGCGAGCGAAAUUUGCUACGGGAUGAGUUUGUGGGCAUUAUGCACGCAAGGUUUAUCGCGGGCGAGGAGAAAGAGUUCGAUUACACGCAGAUAGACGAUUCGGAUGCGUACGACGAUCUGGACACGGUGGAUCACGACGAGCAGGAGAAGUACUUUAAUCUCGACGACGAAUCGGACGUACCGGAUGGGAACGAUGGCGAGGAUGCGAUGCAGGUAGAACCGGCCGGAGAAGAAAGUGAAGAGGACGAUUUGGAUAUUUACAUGCGCCAUCUGAACCGACAUCUGGAACAGCAGCAACGGAUGACGGCGGAGGCGGAGGCGGCGGCCACCACCGGGAACGAGGUCCGUGACCCGUACUGCGAGUACGACAGCGAUGAGUAAACAGAGCAAUCCUUUUCCGCGUAAGCGUUUUCUUGAAAAUAUUAUAGUUUUAUUUUGUUGUA